AGGCGCUCCAUGAAAAGCCCCUCUUCUUUCGGCAUCUCUUAUUUGUUCGUAAUUUGCAAAACUGGGACCCAUAAAUAAAUUCUAACGCGUUUUUCCAGUCUUCAUUCCAAGUCAACAGUCAGUGCUAAGGUCAUCAACAAGUUGGGAAACAAUUAACAAAGAGCUUGGCUUUUUAUUUGAGAAUCAAGUCCCUGCUGGAGUUCUCAAGUGUUGUACCACCAAAAAAAGGAGUGGGGGAAUUAUGGCUUUGGUGGUUUCUGAGUUUCGUUUGCUGCUGCUCACUUCUCUCCCUUUGCUUCUCUCAGCUGGGUACGGAAAUGAUGAUUGUCCUGCAUCCUUUCAUUGUGGAGAACUUGGGAUCAUCCAAUUUCCUUUAACCAAGGCAGAAAGGCUGCACUGUGGCUUAAUGCAGGUAAACGGCUGUGAUGAUCCUUAUUCACCUAAAUCCAUUCAACUACCUACAGCUGCAGGAGCGGCACAGUUUCAGCUCGUCGGCUUCGAUCCCCAGCAAAGCCUGAUUACGGUUGUUGACACAGAAAUAGCACAAUCUGAUGGGUGUAGUAGUAAUAAAAACAUCACAAUUCCUACAAACUCAUCUUUGAUUUCUUUCUAUGUCAAGAAUAACAUGACCACCCGACUUAGAUGCAAGCCCGACUUCACACCCCCCACAAAUUUCGAUUACAAUUUAUUAUGUGAUGAUAACUCCACGGUCUAUUAUGAUAUUGAGCCGGCGGAGCAAGAAAGAUAUUUCUCAGCAUGUUCAAAAAUUGUGCUUCCAACUCCAAGUAAAGGCGAGCCCGAUGAUUUGGGCUUAUCUGAUCGAAUGGCUCCGGAGGUACGAUUAUCUGAUGCUUGUGAUAGGUCUCACCGCCUCCAAGGAGGAAUGUGCGGAUUUGACAGCCACAACAAUUUCCACUGCUAUGGAGUUAUUAGUUCUUUCAGCUUGGUAUGGAAAUGCAAGGCAUGAUCAGUGUCCAAGAUCAUUUAAUUGCGGAGCGCUUGGGAGGCUCCGGUUCCCUUUCACCAAGCCAGAAUUGCCGAAUUGUGGCUUGAUGGUGGUACAUAAUUGUGAUGAUUCAAAUCCUUCUUCAAAUAAAAUGAUUGAGCUAAAGAAGAAUGGAACACCAUUUCUGCAGCUUAACGGUGUCUUUCUGCAGCAAAAUGGGAUUACGGUGUUUGACCAAGAUCUACACGAUCGUUUGGAAUCGAAUGGUUCUUGCGAAGCCUUCAACAACAAUAUCUCAAUUCCUGCAAGAUCUCCUUUGAUUUCUUUUGAUAUUAGAUACAACACAACCCUGUUUAAAUGCAACCACAAACUCAAUGUCAGCACCCCCAGUGGUUUUAUUAAAAAUUCCUGUGCAGGCUUUGAUAUCUAUCAUUACAGCGUACUCUCUGAUCUUAGUCCUCACCAAAAAAGCCUUUUCUCAGCAUGUUUAACUCUUGUGCUUCCAAAAAAAGACCUGCCUGAUAGCUCAGACCUUCAAUCGUUCUUAUCUGCUCAAAUGACUCUGGAGGUACGAAUAUCUGAUGCUUGUGAUAAGUGUUACAAUGACGAAGGAGGCUGGUGUCAACUUGACAGCAACAAAUACUUCUACUGCAAUGCCGUUAGAGAGCGUAGGAGUAAGAUUCUGAAGGUGGUACUUGCAUCAGCCUUUUCUAUUGGAGUUAUCAUGCUGUUGAUCUUGGCUUACUGCUUCAAACGAAAGUUUUUCCAUGCUACGUUUUGUCUUUCCUGGGCAAGAAAUCAUCCAACACAGCAAAUAAUUGAAGAUUUUCUAAAGCAACAUAGAACCUCUUUUUCUAAAAUUUAUAGUUACUCAGAGAUAAAGAAAAUGACAAGCAACUUCAAAAUAAAAUUAGGCCAAGGAGGAUAUGGUAUUGUAUACAAAGGAAGCCUACUAGAUGGGCAACUUGUUGCAGUAAAGGUACUGAGUGAACUAAAAGGUACUGGUGAGGAAUUCAUCAAUGAGGUGGCAAGCAUAAGCAGGACUUCUCAUGUUAACAUUGUUACUCUUUUAGGGUUUUGUUUUGAAGGGUCAAACAAGAUUCUUGUUUAUGAGUUUAUGGCUAAUGGAUCUUUGGAGAAGUUCAUAUUUCAAAAUGAAGCUAACCUCCAUGAUGGUAACCUACAGUUGAGUUGUGAAAUAUUGCACAAGAUUGCAGUGGGUGUUGCACGAGGAUUAGAGUAUUUGCAUAGAGGAUGUAACACACGGAUAUUGCAUUUUGACAUAAAACCUCACAACAUUUUGUUGGAUGAGAACUUUUGCCCAAAAAUCUCAGAUUUUGGACUAGCUAAGAUAUGCCCUGGAAAUGAAAGCAUUGUAUCCAUGUUGGGUGCUAGAGGAACCAUAGGAUAUAUUGCUCCUGAGGUAAUUUAUAGAAAUUUUGGUGCCGUCUCUCAAAAAUCAGAUGUUUAUAGUUUUGGAAUGAUGGUUUUGGAAAUGGUUGGAGGAAGAAGCAAUGUGAAUGUUAAGGUUGACAAAACUAGUGAAAUAUAUUUUCCUCAUUGGAUUUAUAAACGUCUAGAAUUAAAUCAAGACCUUGCAUUGCAAAGCCUUAGAGAUGAAGGAGACAAAGAGAUCAUAAGAUGGAUGGUGAUAACAAGCUUAUGGUGUAUACAAACUAACCCUUCAGACCGUCCAAUAAUGAGUAAAGUGGUGGAGAUGCUUGAAGGCAGAGUUGAGAUUGUGCAACUUCCACCAAAGCCUUAUUUAUCAUCUCCUUCUCGAUCACCAUACCCUUCCUCUUCCUCAACUCCUUGAUUCCAUAGUGAUUAUUUUCUCUUUAUUUUUUUUUACCUAUGGAAUUUUUUGAUUGUAUAUAGGUGUCCUCCUAUUGGAGUGGAGGUAAUCCUGUUCGAAAUACAAUAGGGCAUUAAAUGCGGGUAUUUCUCUUAGUGAGAAUUUGAAUCUUGAUUUGUCAUAUUAUAAGGCAUUUAAUAUAGGGCAUUUUCAUUUUGGAGCUCAUAUGUUCAAGUUCUUGUGUCUGCUUUUUAUUUUAUGAUAAGAUCUCUGCUAAUACAUUAAAGUUUCACAUGC